CACAAUCUUAUGCAUUUUUGGGUGUAACAGAAUUUUUAUUUGAUUGGAAGAGACAAGAACCGAACGUUCUGGAAAGUGUUAAAGAUCAGCAGAUUGGAACCUAGUGAUCUGAACAUUCUUGAAGAUUCUACCACAUACACGGAUAAUGAGUGCUUUGACCUGCUGAAACGGAUACACGAAGGAAACAGGUUAACGGGUGGGCUUAAAUUUGUGACCACUUGUUAUGGAAUUGUUGGUAUCAUCAAGUUUUUAGGACCGCAUUACAUGAUAUUGAUAACAAAGCGAAGAAAGAUUGGAACUAUCUGCGGCCAUGCCAUUUAUGCAAUUUCGAAGAGUGAAAUGAUUCCAAUUCCAAAUUCUACUGCCCGGUCCAAUUUGGCUAUUUCUAAGGAUGAAAACAGAUACAAGAAGCUCUUACGCACAGUGGAUCUUAGAAAAGACUUCUUUUUCAGCUACUCAUACAAUGUCAUGCGUUGCCUGCAAAAGAACAUAUGUGAUAAUAAGACAGGACAUUUACUUUAUGAUACAAUGUUUGUCUGGAACGAGUUUUUAACUCGUGGAAUCCGGAACAUUCUCAAGAAUACCAUGUGGACUGUUGCCUUAGUUUAUGGUUUCUUUAAACAGGUUGAUCUUUCUCUUUCUGGCAGAGAUUUCAAGUUGACACUCAUUGCUAGACGAUCACGUCAUUAUGCUGGUACAAGAUUUCUAAAAAGAGGCGUUAACGAGAAGGGAAGAGUAGCUAAUGAUGUUGAGACAGAGCAGAUUGUUUUCGAAGAUGCGUCCAAUGGGCAACCGACUCAAAUAAGUUCAGUGGUGCAAAAUCGAGGAUCAAUCCCCCUAUUUUGGUCCCAGGAAACCUCACGGCUGAAUAUUAGGCCUGAUAUCAUAUUGUCAAAGAAGGAUCAGAAUUACGAAGCCACGAGACUACACUUUGAGAAUCUCGUUUUGAGAUAUGGGAAUCCAAUAAUUAUAUUGAAUUUGAUUAAGACUCGCGAGAAGAAGCCACGAGAAAGUGUCCUCCGUGCUGAGUUUGCAAAUGCUAUAAGAUAUAUAAAUAAAAGUUUAUCUGCAGAGAACCGUCUAAGAUUUCUCCACUGGGAUUUGAACAAACAUGCGAAAAGCAAAGCUUCCAACGUCUUAAUGCAACUUGGAAGGGUUGCUACAUAUGCCUUGAACUUAACUGGGAUCUUCUACUGUCAGAUAGCGUCCAAUUUAAGCUCAGGGGAAUUGUUAAGUUGGACCUACUUUAAGAAAAGUCAAGGUACUGAUUCUUCCAUGGAGAAUCUAUCUACAGAAGAAGAAAAUGAAGAAAAUCCAGAAAAAGAUGUUAGUAGUACGGUGUAUGCUAAUGGUAUACUUGAAAAUCAUCCAGUUGCAAUGUUUCAAAACGGUGUCCUUAGGACCAAUUGUAUAGACUGUUUAGACCGGACAAAUGUCGCCCAAUAUGCCUAUGGGCUAGUUGCUUUAGGACGUCAAUUACAUACUUUAGGGUUUACUGAUUCGCCAAAAAUUGAUCUGGACAACCCUUUGGCGGAGGAUUUGAUGCGGGCUUAUGAGAACAUGGGGGAUACCCUUGCAUUACAGUAUGGUGGCUCUGCAGCACAUAAUAAGAUAUUUUCUGAGAGGAGAGGCCAAUGGAAAGCUGCCACACAAUCUCAGGAGUUUUUCAGAACACUACAACGUUAUUGCAGCAAUGCAUACCUAGAUGCUGAGAAACAACGUGCCAUUAACGUGUUCUUAGGUUACUAUCAGCCACAGCAGGGAAAACCAGCCUUGUGGGAAUUAGACUCUGACCAGCAUUAUGAUCUUGGGAAGCGCUUUCCUGAUCUUAUUGAAGAGAAUUUCAGGACAUCUUUUAAAAGAUCACUAUCAGAUGGCAAUAUACUUGGUCAGAGUGACUCUGAUAUGGGGAAUAUACAUGAUGGAAGCAGCAGGCCCUUUCCUCAUUUGAAUGAAGGAAGCAGUAAAGGCUUCUCAGAGUCUGCACCUGAGGUCUCAACCUGUGAAUCUGAUAUAUCUCUUUGCAGGUAUACUCCCUCUGUGUGCACUAGAAAACUUCAUGAAAACAUGCAGGAUGAUCAAACGCUUGAAGAUGAUCGUAUUUGUCAUGAUGAGCAUGGGGAUUCAUGCAGCUGCUCUAAUUUUCUGGAUAUAGACUGGAUUUCUUCGUCUGGGAAUUCUUGUGAAGAUGAGUUAUGUGAAAGGUCUGUCACCAGUCUUUCAUCGGAAAAUGUUGCAAGUGAGAUGAAGAUUGACUUUAUUUCGUCUGCAAGUGAGUCUGGAUCGAGCUCAAAGGUAAAAGAACGGUCUGGAACUGACGUUAGUCGUGACGAUAUUGUCACUGAAUACUCCGAUCAUUUUGUCGACUGGGUCAGCCAUGGUGGGGUGCUCUUCUGGUGAAGCUUACUCAAGGUUUCUAAUCAACAUUGACUUCUUUCAUCUGAUAAAUUACAUCCGAAGGAUGUACUUUCUGUAGCCAAAAGUGAAAACAUAACAUUAUCAGUCAGCUUGGCGAGGCGGUAAAUAAAGGACGGUAAAUUACUUGCGAAAAGAGAGAGGGAGAGAAAUGAAUAGUUGCUAUUGUGCAGAAAUUUUUUGUUGGAGUUUAAUCUUCAGGUCAUCUGUGAGUAGCAGCCAAUUAUCUGACUGUGUAGACCUCUGCCCCAUAUGAGAGGCCAAAAGAAAGCUGGAAGUAGAAGAAUAAGUCUCGAGCGCUAACUUAUAUCUGGAGCCACACAGAAUAACUCCAGGUUCUUUAUUCUCAUAGUUUUCACAUUGUAAAUAUAUUUCUAGGGAAAAUAUUUUUCCAUUGGAUCUCCAAAUUAACAAUUGCAGAUAUAGUUUUUUCAAUUUCCUAUUUGUGAAUUAUUGACAAACACCAUCAUGAUAUAUAAAUCUGUGAAAAAAUAAGGUAUUUUUCUUCUUUAGAAAGGUUCUGGAUUCUCAUACGCAGGUUCAUGACAGCAAAUUCUCCUCAAGCCCUCCAUUAUUGGGCCCACAUUACAUUGAGGGCCCACAUUACAUGAUAAUAUAAAAACGGAGAGAAGAUCAGGUUAUUUUUGUUCAAUCUUUAAACCAACACCCACUUGUGGCAACAUAAUUUUUACAGGUUUUGGAGAAUGGUGUUGGGAGUUA